CCGCUCGUAAUUUCUCAGAAUUAUCGACCACUACCUCCGUAUCAUAUCCAUCAUUCAAUGAAGUCCCCGCUUUUGCUGUGUGUCGGGCCACCUACUCCCCGCUCUUGUGCUGAGCCUACUCCAUACCCGCAGUCAAGUCCAUGGUAUCCUGUAAUUGAGAGCCAGAACGACGGGUUCAUUGAGACAAGUACGAUCAUCCCUGGGAUGCCCCGGCCAUGCGGAAAACCUCGAACCAAGCGAAGGCACUCAAGCGCGUCAUAAUCGGGUGGGUCGAUGCAAUGGUGGACUGUGCCAGUACGAUUAUUAUUCUAUUAGGGUAUUGUGGUAAGAUGAAAAAUACAGAGAGCAUGCACGGUAGCAUGCACGAGCAAUACGAUCCUUGGGAUCUCCGCCAAUCCCAUUUUAUGCAUUUUGUAGGAUGCGGGCUGCGCAGAAAUCAUGAUGUGCAAGGUACAACAUGUAGGUACGACGUCCUGUACGCCCACAUUCUGCUUCAGAAAAUUCUGGCAAACCAGUUGAAAAAUAAAAAAUUUCUUUUCAAUAAAAAGCAAAAAUAGUACCUAAGGUAGAUACGGAGGUACUGUUGCCAAAAAAAGGGUGCAUCGAUACGACGUCGGUCUCAGAAGAAGGGCGCACGCCACGCUAAACCCGCGUCCCACGCGUGUGGAC